AUGGCUCGUGGUCCUAAGAAGCAUAUGAAGCGUUUAGCUGCCCCCAAGCAUUGGAUGCUUGAUAAACUUUUGGGUUCAUACGCCCCUAAGCCUAGCUCUGGUCCUCACAAGACCCGUGAAUGUCUUCCUUUGAUUGUUUUCAUUCGUAACCGUUUGAAGUAUGCUCUCAACGGUCGUGAGGCUCAAGCCAUUUUGAUGCAACGUUUAGUUAAGGUUGAUGGACGUGUUCGUACUGAUUCUACUUUCCCCGCUGGUUUCAUGGAUGUUAUUACAAUUGAAAAGACUGGAGAGAACUUCCGUCUCGUCUAUGACGUUAAAGGUCGCUUUGCUGUUCAUCGUAUCACUGAUGAGGAGGCCAAAUACAAGUUAUGUAAGGUCAAGAAGGUCCUCGUCGGUGCCAAGGGUAUUCCUUAUAUCACUACUCAUGAUGGUCGUACUAUUCGUUAUCCUGAUCCUCUUAUCAAGGCUAACGAUACUGUUCGUUUUGACCUUGAGAAGAAUAAGAUCUUGGAUUUCGUCAAGUUUGAAGUUGGUAAUCUUGUCAUGAUUACUGGUGGUCGUAACAUUGGUCGUGUUGGUCAAAUUGUUCAUCGUGAACGUCACAUUGGUGGUUUCGAAAUUGUUCACAUUAAGGAUGCUCUUGAUCGUGUCUUUGCUACUCGUAUUUCUAACGUCUUCGUUAUUGGUCAAGAGAACAAGCCUAUGAUCUCUCUUCCUAAGGGUAAGGGUGUUAAGCUCUCUAUUACUGAAGAACGUGACCGUCGUAGAGCUGCUGCUGCUGCCGCCAAGAACUAAAGAAAAAAACAGGCUUAUUAAAUAAAAUCGUUUUUCUUGCAUCUUAUUUUUUUUUUCCUUGUACAUAUUAUUAAUUAAAGAAUACCAAAAAUUAUUUUAAAGAUA